CCCUCAGGUCGAGCCUAGGCGGCCCCGGCAGGGCGGGCAUGGAGGAGAAUGCGGUGGAGAGCAGCAGCGACGCGGCCCCGCAGGCGGCGCGGGAGGAGCCCUCCGAGAGCGGCCUGGGCGUCGGGACCUCGGAGGCCGUGUCGGCGGACAGCAGCGACGCCGCCUCGGCCCCCGGCCCCCUCUCCCGAGCGGAUGACUCCGGCGUGGGCCAGAGCUCCGACAGCAGCGGGGUCUCCUUGGAAGAGGUGUCGGAGAGCAGCUCCAGCACAGAUGCCGUUCCCCGGAUUUACCUGCCAGAUUCAUCCUCCAUUGCCCAGUCCACCUUGGUCUCCAGUGUCUCCACUGUGAGCCAGUCCAUCAUGGUGUCAGAGUCCCCACAAGUCCUGGUCCACUCCAGCGUCAUCACCGACGGAGCCACGAUCGUGUCAGACUCCACCGCGUCCACUUCCUCGGACCUGGGUUCUGCCAUCGACAAAAUCAUCGAGUCCACGAUUGGGCCUGACAUCAUCCAGAGCUGCAUCGCCGUGACCAGCGCGGAGGAUGGCGGGGCAGAGACUACGCAGUACCUCAUUCUGCAGGGGCCCGAUGACGGUGCCCCCAUGGUGUCCCAGAUGGCCACUUCUGCUCUGGCCAAUAGCUUGGCGAUAGAAGCUGUUGCUGAUGGACCUACCUCCACAUGCCUUGACCAGCCUGGCCCUUCGGACCCUUCCGAGCAGUUGGAAGUGCUGGAGCUGCCCGCACGGCCAGAUCAGGCCCGAGAGGCGGAUGGCGGGGAGGAGCUGGACCAGCCGGACAUGGAGACCCUGGAAGAGAUGAUGGAGGUGGUGGUGGUGCAGCAGUUCAAGUGCAAGAUGUGUCAGUACAAGAGUGUGUCCAAGAAAACGUUAAUUAACCACAUGAAAGAGCGGCACUUCCAGCCAGUGGGUUCAGCUCUGGCUUUGAAGAAAGGACGUCCACGAAAGGGGGGAUCUGCUCCAAAGACUGCGGAGGAGGAGGUCCCAGAAGAAGAAGAAGAUGAUGAUAUCAUGGAUGCUGGUGCUAUUGAUGACCCUGAAGAGGACAGUGAUUAUAACCCAGCUGAGGAUGAGCCCCGUGGGCGACAGCCCAAGUACAGCCGCACUGUCCCCACAUCCAGCGAGGAGAGGCCACGUCGACGCCCGGGGAGACCCCGCAAGUUUCCUCGUCUGGAGGACAUGCCCCAGGACGUGCCUGAAGGAGGGGAGGUGGAGCCCUUGGUGACAUCCCAAAGCACACGGAGCCGUGAGCUGCAGAACUCAGAAGCAGCCAGUUCCUCUGGCCUGGAGAACGGGACCAGUGAGAGCCUGGCGGAGCCCAGCAUCAGCCAGUCCGACUCCGAGAACAAGGACCCUUCCUCCAACACCGGCCCCGAGGAGGCAGACGUCAUCCCCAGGAGGCGAGGGCGGCCCUCCCGCCGCUUCCUGGGCAAGAAAUACCGCAAGUACAUGGGGCGCAGGUACUACUACAAGUCACCCAAGCCCCUGAUGAGGCCCUACCUGUGUCGGAUCUGCGGCUCACGUUUCCUCACGCACGAUGAUCUGCGUUUCCACGUCAACUCGCACGAGGCCAACGACCCGCAGCUCUUCAAGUGUCUUCAGUGCAGCUACCGCUCCCGGCGCUGGUCCUCCCUCAAGGAACACAUGUUCAACCACGUGGGCAGCAAGCCCUACAAGUGCGAGGAGUGCAAUUACACCAGCGUGUACAAGAAGGACGUUAUCCGGCACUCCACGGUGCACAGCCGGGACAGGAAAAAGAGAGCUGAUCCGCCCCCAAAGCUGAACUCCUUCCCGUGCCCCGUAUGCAACCGUAUCUACCCCAUGCAGAAGAGGCUUACCCAGCACAUGAAGACGCACAGCACGGAGAAGCCACACAUGUGUGACAAGUGCGGGAAGUCCUUUAAGAAGCGCUACACGUUCAAGAUGCACCUGCUGACGCACAUCCAGGCCAUUGCCAACCGCAGGUUCAAGUGUGAGUUCUGUGACUACGUCUGCGAGGACAAGAAGGUCCUGCUGAACCACCAGCUGUCGCACAUGAACGACAAGCCCUACAAGUGCAGCUUCUGCAAGUACUCCACCUUCCGGGAGGACUUCCUGGUCUCGCACAUGGCUGUCAAGCACACAGGAGGGAAGCCGUUUGCUUGCGAGUUCUGUCACUUCACCACCAAGCACAAGAAGAACCUGCGCCUCCAUGUGCACUGCCGCCACGCCGACUCCUUCGAGGAGUGGGCACAGAGGCACCCCGAGGAGCCGCCCUGCCGCCGCCGCCCCUUCUUCACCCUGCAGCAGAUCGAGGAGCUGAAGCAGCAGCACAGCCAGGUGCAGGCCCCGGCUGAGCCAGAGGCCGGUCCGCCGGCGCCUGUUGGCCCCGUCACUUACCACGCGGUCCAGGCUGUCCCGGGAGCAGAGCCCCCCAUCCUCUCGCAGGAUUCCCUGGGAGGGGCCACCAUCAUUUACGAACAAGAUGUGGCUGGAUCAGCAGAACUGGCCACGCAGACUGCCCUGGAUCUCCUGCUGAACAUGAGCGCUCAGCGAGAGCUGGCCACGGGCUCGCUGCAGGUGGCAGUGGUGAACCCGGGUGAUUCAGGAGAGGCGCAGCCCCCCUGCGAGCCGCAGGCACAGGAGGAGGGGGCAGAGAUGGACUCUGAGGAGCAGCAGCAGCAGAAGUUGGUGACGCUGCACAUGGCGGAGCCUGGGGAGACGUUGGUGCGGGAGGCUUACGAGGAGGCGACCCUGGGUGGCUCGGAGCUGCAGCAGAUCACUAUCCCCUUUGGUGGGACGACAGAGUACAGCAUCAUCACACCCAUCAGUGAGGAGAUUCAGGCUCCAGGCACACUGUACAGCAGUGAGGAGGAGAGCCCUGCGGAGACCUCCCACGCGGUUGUGGUGAGCAAAGCUGUGAUGACAGAGGAGGCUCUGAAGGACCAUAACAAUCACUAUAUCAUGUCGUCCGGCGUUCCGGGGAGCCAAUUCCAUCACAUUGAGCCCCUCAGCGGGGACGCUGCCUUUUCCUUGCCUGCGGAGGGCCAGGAGGCACAGCCCGCCGGCGUCAAGUGGCCCCUGGUGCAGUGUGUCACCAGGCAGCUCCAGAAGGACUCGUCUUUAUCCCCAGCCUCCGAGGGGCAGGAAGUCUCAUCCCCAAAGGUCAAGUGGCCUGCGCUCCAAGGCAUGGCCAAGAAGCUCUCGUGCAAGGUUUCCACACCCAAGAAGCUCUCGUGCAAGAUUUCCACAGCCAAAAAGUUUUCAUGCAAGAUUUGCACAGCCAUGUUCACAGGGAGAGCAGAAAUGGAGAGUCACAAGAGAGCCCACAUUGGGCCCAGCACCUUCAAGUGUCCCGACUGUCCGUUCACUGCAGCCCUCUGGCCGGAGGUUCGGAGCCACAUGGUCCAGCACGCCAGCCUUCGGCCACACAAGUGCACCCACUGCAGCUUCGCCUCCAAGAACAAGAAGGACCUGCGCAGGCACAUGCUGACGCACACCAACGAGAAGCCCUUUGCCUGCCAGAUCUGUGGGCAGAGGUUCAACCGUAAUGGGCACCUCAAGUUCCACAUGCAGCGUUUGCACAGCUCGGAGGGGAAGAGGCCGGGGGCGCCUGCAGCUGCUGCCCAGCAGACCAUCAUACUGAACAGCGACGAGGACACGCUGGCCACCCUGCAGACGGCUCUGCAGUCCGGCCAGGCAGUGCUGGCUCCCGAGCGGCUGCAGCAGGCUCUGGGGCAGGAACACAUCAUCGUCGCGCAGGAGCAGAGCGUCACGAGCCAGGAGGAGGCUACGUACAUCCAGGAGAUCACAACUGCCGACGGGCAGACGGUACAGCACUUAGUGACCUCUGACAACCAGGUUCAGUACAUCAUUGCCCAGGAUGGUGUACAGCACUUGCUUCCCCAUGAGUAUGUUGUUGUCCCGGAGGGACAUCACAUCCAGGUACAGGAUGGUCAGAUCACCCACAUCCAGUAUGAGCAGGGCAGCCAGUUCCUCCAGGAGCCGCAGGCUCUCCUGUUCUCUCCCUGCAGAUCCAGUACAUGCCUGUCUCGCCUGAGCAGCAGCUUGUCACCCAGGCGCAGCUGGAAGCAGCUGCACACUCGGCAGUCUCAGCAGUGGCUGAUGCCGCCAUGGCCCAGGCGCAGGGCGUGUUCACCGCCGAGGCAACGGCCGAGCAGAUCCAGCAGCUGCAGCAGGGGAUCCACUACGACGUCAUCACGCUGGCGGACUAGCACCGGGGCCGGGGCCGGCUGGCGCUGGGACGCCCGUGCUGAGCAGGACGGCUGCGCCAGGCAGGAGCCUCCUCAGCCAGCAGUUGCCUUAUUGCUUCGGGGCUACGAGGGACGUGCCUGAGCGCGCCGCGGCAGGGGCAUGCUGCCGCUCGGCCGCGUGCCGCGAGGGUCCUGCGCAUCCUCCCCGGCUUGGGCAGCUGUCUCCAGCAGAGACUGCUCCGCAGCCGAGGCGCCGAGGCAGGCUGCGCAGCGGCAGCGCUCUCGUGCGGACGGUCUCUUUGCCUGUUGCACUUGAUGGUCUGAAAUCCCUUUUCCUGAAUCAUGUCUGUGUUGGGCCAAACUCGGAUCGCGUCUGCGUGGCACGCGAGGACCCUGGGAGAGAGCUGUGGGGCCGAGCGCAGCCGCGCGGCACGGCGUGAGAGGUGUGUGUGCUGCCACAGCCGCGCGCUCCCCACUCUCUUGCUGUGGGGCGUGCAGUCCUGGCGUGAGGGCAGCCGUCCCUCCCUUGGCUUCUCCGGCCUGCAGGCAGGCAGCAGUAGGGCUUUGGACUGGAGGAACCCAGAGUAGGAAGAAGCAUAGGUGGAAGAUGUUCUAUUUUUCUUCUGAAGAGGGUUGGACUCUGGAGUUGGUUCGUAGGUGGUUGCGGGAGGGGUUCGAUUCUGACAUUCUCAAGCUUUGACUAUGCUUAUGAAUAAAAAGGGAUUGAAACCUG